GCGUUCGAAGCUGCGGUAGCGGGGACGGCCACUAUCAGUACAAUACUGCUUUUUCCUUUUCGAAAUGCCCUUGCUAAGCUGAAUCCCGCGGAUGAGUCGAUUGAGUUUUUGAGCGUAACGAGCCAAAUCGAUAGUGACAGCCAUGGGUGAUCUAGAACCUCAGACCGUGGAUGAAGAAGCAUGGUUGUACGAAUCGAGAGAAGAUUCUGUGGACGCGAACGUUCCCCCGGGUACCGGCGACGAUGAAGACACGGGAGCGCAAUCACAGGAAACCAAUGGAGAUGAUUCUCAGGAAGAACCAUUGAUCGAAGAUCCGCUCGCUGGGAAAGCCGCGGAGAAUACCGGCGAGGCCGAAAAUGACGGCGAGGUCGAAGAGGGUGAAGAAGAAGAUGACGACGACGAAGACGACAUCGAGAUCACCAUUGGCGAUACGAAAGCAGUACCGGCAGCACCUUCGUCAGCUUUCCCCGCUGCUCCCGUGAACAUAAACAUAAAGAAAAGCAUAGCGACAACCGCAGUUUCAUCGUCCGCGCCUGGCGGGCAGUUGAUUAAAGCCCCUCAUAAAGGCUUAGACAUCGACGCUGUUGCUAGUAUAAAUGGAACGAACAUAUACGAGUUCAACAUCGACUCCCUUGAGGACAAACCGUGGAGGAAGCCGGGUGCGGACAUAACAGAUUAUUUCAAUUAUGGCUUCACUGAAGAUACUUGGAAAGUAUAUUGUGAUCGGCAGAGACGACUCCGUGGAGACAAUAAUAACACGCAGGGUGUCAAGAGCUUGGUCAAUCAAGUUGUGUCAUCGGCUCCUCCAUACGAAAAACCGUACCGAUCCUCAUUCCAACCUCGAUCUGAACCAAAAGAAUUCAGGAAGAGCGGAACCAUAGACGUAAUCGGAGGUGCCAACUCAAGGAGACAUGAAGAAGCACUGCCCCCUAUGAUGCCGCCUCUCGCCGACAUGCCAUUCCCACCGGGAUUACCACCUGGUUUUGAUCCCCAUGAGGGCAUGCCGCCACAUCAUGGCAUGCCUCCACCCCACGCGAUGCCACAGCCACCCCCACCGUUUGAUCCGAGAUUCCCUCCGCCCCCGAUGAAUAUGGCGCCUCCUUUCGAUCCUUACGGUGGCCCGCCCCCACAUGCGGUUGUUGGUGGCGAUUUUCAUCGGCCCGAUGAUCGUCCACCUAUGAUGCCGGACGAUAUGGACUUUUCUGACCGAAGAAGACACCACAGAUCGAGGGACGACCGUGAGGAACGCGAUUACCGCGACGACCGAGACAGAAGGCACCGAAGCGACAGAAGCGAAAGGGAUGACAGAAGAGACAGAGACCGAGAAGACCGAGAUUCGAGGAGAGACAGGGAAAAGGAUAGAGACAGAGACCGAGAUCACCGAGAUAUGAGCGAAAGUAGACACAGGUCUAGUCGGAAAUCCCGGCGACAUGACGACGACGAAGAAGAUCGCAGACAGAAACACAAGCGAUCGAAAAGAGACGACGACAACUGAACUCGCCUCUUGUUCGAUGUUGGGUCAUCGAUGGUCUACCAUGUACUAGCAUCAUUGUUUGGCCCUUGUUCUGAUAGACCACGCUCUAUCGAUGACAAACUUCCUGGAGAACACGUCAUGAGGUGGAAGGGCACCGAGGACGGUUCAUAUCCUUCCCCGCUGGAAGAGAG